AUGAGUCAACAGAGUCAAAAGAGUCAAAAUUUCGUUUUCGUCAACUCAACUGAUCCUGUGAUGCAAAAUAAAGUGAUUCAUGAUGAACCGUUAAUUAAACUUCCUUUUCCACCUACUAUUAAUCCACGCGAUCUUAUUACUUUUCCCAAAGGAAGUAAUACUCCUUCUCGAGCUCCAAAUGCUUUUAUUAUUUAUCGUAAAUUAUUUAUCCAAACUGCAAAAGAGAAAGGAUAUAGUCUUCCAAUGACAGUAAUUUCUACUAUGGCCUCUAGAUCUUGGGAACAAGAAACUGAAAUUGUUAAGUCAGAAUAUAAAAGAAUUGCAAAGGAUGCAUUCGAUUAUCGUAAUGAAAUUCUUCCUAAAAAAAAACGUGAAGGAAAAAAGAAGCCUUGGAAUAUUAUCUCUUUUAAACAAUCUGAUAAACCAAAAUCUAAUGAAAAAACUGACCACGUUCAAAAAAUUUUUACACCUAUGACAUCCCCUGAAUUUUCUUCUGAUUCACCAAACUUAGAUUUUGACCCGUUUAUUUAUCCAAGUCCUACAGUUGAUAAUAAUUCUUUAACACCAAUUCAGUCCAGAGAAAUUAAUGAUAACAUUACAGAAAAUAGAUUUCUCAAUGAUUACAUUACUCCAGAAUCCACUAUUACUACUGAAAACCAAUAUGGUCUUGGAAUUUCGGAUUUUGAUAAUUUCAAUAUAAUUAAUACUCCUGAUUCAUCAAACCAUCAGUUUACUGAUUUAUCGAGCACAGAAUUAUUACCUGAAGAAUUGAAUACAAAUAAUACCAUUUCUUUUGAUGAUUUUUGUUCUUCCUAA